AUGUGCAGCAACGAGCGGCCGAGCGUGGCCGCGGCGGGCCCGCCGGCGCCCGGCCCCGCGCCGCUGCCGUACCCGCUGGCGGUGCUCAAGUCGCUGCACGAGUCGGACCAGUACCGGCUGCAGCUGUACCAGUACGCCGCGGCCGCCGCCGCCGCCUACGCGCCGCGCGUCGCCGCCUUCUCGCUGCUGCACGGCCAGCACCCGCGCGUGCUGCAGCCUGAGGAGCCCAAGCCGCAGCACAGCUACAUCGGACUCAUCGCCAUGGCCAUCCUCAGCUCGCCCGAGACCAAGCUGGUGCUGUCCGACAUCUACCAGUACAUCCUGGACCACUACCCGUACUUCAGGACGCGAGGGCCCGGCUGGCGCAACUCUAUACGCCACAACCUGUCGCUCAACGACUGCUUCGUCAAGGCGGGCCGCAGCGCCAACGGCAAGGGCCACUACUGGGCGAUACACCCGGCCAACGUGGAGGACUUCAAGAAGGGCGACUUCCGGAGGCGGAAAGCGCAGCGCAAGGUGCGCCGGCACAUGGGGCUCGCGGUGGACGACGACGGGACCGAGUCGCCGAGCCCGCCGCCGCCCCCGCCCCCGCCCCCACCGCCACCGCCGGCAGCGCACCACGCGGCGCCGCACCAGCCGUGCAGCCGCAAGCGGCAGUUCGACGUGGCGUCGCUGCUCGCUGGCAGCGAAGACGACGACAUCGACGUGGUGAGCAGUGACAGCGGCUGGGCGUCGUCCCCCCCGACCCCGGGGGCGGCGGCGCCCGCCUCCGGCGCGGCGGCGUUCCCCGGGCUGGAGCAGGCGCUGGUGUCGCGCUACUACGAGUCGCUGCAGCUGCACCAGCGCCGCCUGCACCACCUCGCCGCCACCGGCGCCGUCACCAUCACUGAGAUCUCCGACGCCUGA